AUGCGCAGCACACCUGCUACACCCCCUCCCCCAGCGCUGCUGAAACGCUUGGAACAGUUCCUUACGUCACGCCUCCACGCAGCCGGAAAGCCCCGUGGUCCGAACCCGGCCAGAAGCAGCAGCAACCACGCGGCGGCACCUGGGACUUGUGACUGCGGGCCGGGGCAGCCCAAGGCGCUGUUCGUGGUGAGCGGGCUCCUGCGCGGCCGCACGGCCGACACCAUCCACGAUGUGCUGAGUCUCAGCAGCUUCCAGUACUGCGUGGUGUUCACCGCUGCUAGCCCUGCCGCCCACCUGCUGGCCCAGCGCGGUGGCGCCGAGCACGACGCGGGCGGUGCGGCUGCUGCUUUCGAACUGUUUGAGGAGAAGAUGUGCCAGUGGAUGGGCAACCUGGGCUACACGGCUGAGGUGCUGCACGUGCCUCUGCUCCUGGUGCCUGUCUCUGCGCACCUCUUUGUGAUGCCCGCCUUUUCCUCCCUCUUCCCCCUGAUGCCUGAGGACCUGCCUCGCCUCAAUUCCUCCAGGCCCGAGAAGAGAAAACUCAGCAACUUGAGUGACCUCGACUUUGCCUUGCUUCCCACUGAGCUGCAGCUUCAGAUCCGGAUGCUGGUGUCGGGCCUCAAUGCCUUGUUUGAGUUCCUGGACGUGAGAGAGGAGAGCUUUGCCAUUGGCACACUGAGCAAGGUCAUUGCAGGGGAUUUGGCAAAUUAUGCCCUGGCCAAGAACCGGAGGAAAACAGCCCAAGGCAGAGCUUCUGUCAUCUUCAUAGACAGAACACUGGAUCUCACUGGAGCUGUUGGUCAUCAUGGUGACAACCUGGCAGAGAAGGUUCUCUCUGUGCUUCCAAAACUUCCUGGGCAUGCGAAUGAUGUGAUGGUUAACAUGGUGGAACUCACUGCCCUGCAGACUCCAGAUGACAGUUGCAGUAUUAUAGCACCAGGCUGCUUGGCACAACCAAAUGAUCCAGCUGCCAAAGCUCUCUGGGAGUCCUUUAUGAAUCUCAAACACAAGGAAGCUGUGAUGGAAGUUAGGAGACACCUAGUGGAGGCUGCAAGCCGAGAAAACUUGCCUAUUAAGAUGAGUAUGGGCAGAGUCACCCCAGAACAGCUUAGCUCCUACAUCCAGCUUUUCAAAAAUAAUUUCAAAGCUCUUGAGAACCAUUGUGGACUUCUACAGCUUGUGCUAGCCACAAUCCAGACUUUAAAACAUCCCAAGAAUGCCAAAUGGGACAACUUCCUAGCUUUUGAAAGGUUACUUUUGCAGAAUAUUGGGGAGUCAGAGAUGCCCAGUGUUUUGAACCAGUUACUGCCAAUGAUCAAGUCUCAUAACAACAGAAAAGAAGAUGACUAUAAUUGUGAAGACUUCCUUAUCUUGCUGGUAUACAUUUACUCUGUGGUUGGAGAAGUUAGAGCUGGAAAAGCGCUGGAUGAAGCUGAAGGAGAGGUGAAAAAGGCACUAGUCCAGGCUUUUUGUGAUGAGCCAGAGCUGUCAUCUUUGUUGCAGAAAAUAACAGGCUGUGAUUCAGCUCAGACCCUGACAUUUGAGAAAGCCAUGGCUGCAGUGGACAGUAUCUUUAAGUCCCUCUGGGAUGUAUCAAGAGCUCGAAUGCAUAUGAAACAGUUUAAUUCUGUACAUAUCCCAGGAAGCAACAUCCACCAGGCCACUUACAAGCCACUACUGAAGCAGGUAGUGGAGGAGAUAUUUAAUUCCGAUCGACCUGAUCCUGUUGAUAUUGAACACAUGUCGGCAGGCCUCACCGAUCUCCUAAAGACUGGAUUCAGCAUGUUCAUGAAGGUGAAUCGUCCUCACCCUGGUGAUCAUCCUCUCUUGAUUUUUUAUAUGGUUGGUGGUGUGACAGUCUCUGAGGUCAAAAUGCUGAAGGACCUUAUAUCAGCACGCAAACCCAGUGUCCAGGUAAUUGUGCUCUCCUCAACUCUCCUGACACCACUUCACAUUCCAGAGUUGUUAUUUGCAGCAGACCAUCUCCAGCCAGACAUUGGCAUCUGAAGUGUGUGGAUCUGUGGAAGAGAUAAAUGAUUUGCCUUCGCUGAAAGUACCAAACCUCUUGUCUGUUGUUCUUUCUGAUGGUCUUCCAAAAACGAAAAUACCUGAAAACUAAUUUGCAGCUGUAAUUGAAAACUAUGCAAAGUGAAUGGAGAGCUGGUUGCAAUGGGACUUCUAUGGCCUACAGGAGUACUUAAAAGCCUCUUACUUCCUCUGUGACAUCAAGCUAGCAUUCAGUUCCUCCCUCCUUGAUGAGACUGUACUUCUGUUCUGAACCCCAUGUGCUAACUGGGACCUUGCCUCUUGCAUUGUGAGGAGAAGAGAGAUGGCUGCCUAUAAGAAAGUCCCAGAAAAGGGGAGGCUGUGGAAAGCCACAGAGGGCCAGAUUCAGCCAGCUUUCCCUUCACUGAGCAGUACUUUACUCCAGGAGCUGUGGCAUUCAUUUCAGUGGGAUUGAUUGAAGCUGUCCUAUGUUGCUCCCUGAGACAUCACUCAGUGAGAGCAGGGAUAGCAAAAUCUAGUUCUGUGGGCCAUGUUCUCCUGCAAAACACGUGCCUUAUGCAGCAUUAUCUCAUCUUGCUUCAACCCAACUGAGGGAUCACAGAGUGCAGCCCUGAAUGGCACACCAGCUACCAGCCCACUGAUAGGUCCACAGUUGACCAGAGAGCAACAGAGGACAGUCCUACUAGGGAGCGCCACCAUAAUCCAAGCUGGUGAGGCACAUGGCCAGUAUUCUCACAAAUUCCUGGUUUCCCAUUGUUUGCCCCACCCACAGGCCCUGAGAAAAGUCAAUGUCUUUGGUGGCAUACUCCUCUGUAGGAUUUUACACAGGCUAGCAUUUGGACUGUGGUGAUUAGAUGUUUCACUUUAUUAAUGCUUAUUUCAAGCACAUUAAAUAAAUAACACAUUGUCAUUCAUAAAGGGGCUGGAAUGCCAAAAGUAAAACCUGUUUUAAGUUCUGUUUCUCAACAAUGUGGUUAGAAAGCUUUUGCUCUUUAUUUAAGAUUAGGCAACAGCCUUCAACAAAACUGAGUUAUGUAAUUUUUCUUUUUAAGACUUUGAUAUAAUCUUAGAAUGAAAAAAAGCAUUGGUUGCUAGGGAUACAGUUGUUCAGUACUGAACUUUUAUAAAUAUAACAUAAAACGACGCAGUCAGAAAGAUACGUCAUUGGUAUGCCAGUUGGUCCAUCCCACAGAUGCUAAGUCUACAUUUGACACAGAAAUUAUAUUUGAAGGGCACAUUUAACUCCCCUCUCCAUCCAGUGAAGUGUGUGCCUAUUUUAGCAUUCAUUGUCAUGCCUUAGGAAUUAAACAGAAACUAGCUCUUUUACCUUUACACUCUUAGCUAGGGUGAGGUCUGUUAAAUGCAUCUUUUUUCUGAAAAAUCUCCAUUUUGGUAUAAAUACACUUCAGUGGCUAAUAUGGAACCAAAGUUGAUUAUACAGCAUGGAUGAAGUUGCCUUCAGUGAGAGAGAAAAUAUUGUGAAAUUGUGAUAUAUAACUUGAUUCUGUAUUUGAUGGGAAACUAACAUGUCAAAGCAAAGUAUGUAAUGUUGAAAGCUUUAGAAUUCCAUGGGACUAUGUAAGGUUGAGAAAUAAAGGCAAGUAGCCAGUC